CAGUGACAAAUGUGACAACCUGGUGACAACUGAUUGCUGUCAAACUGACGAACAAUUACGACUAUUUCCCUUUUCUUUGUUUGUUGUGCUAAUGUGUAUCGUCAUUUAUUUAUAAAUAAGUUUGUCAUUGUUUACGAAAUACAUGAGUAUUAAGACAAUGCUAUACUCGCGCACAGUCGUGAGUAAUGAGUUAAAUUUUACAAAAAUGUGUUUCGUAGUAAACUGUCUCAAAAGAUUUAAAAGCUCUCAGCAAUGGUUAAGUCGUCAAAGAGCCGAUCCAUACGUAGAAAAAGCCAAGAUAUACAAUUACAGAUGUCGAAGUGCGUUUAAGUUAUUAGAAAUGAAUGAGAAGACAAACAUUUUAAGACCUGGAUUAACUGUGAUCGACUUGGGGGCGUCACCAGGCUCAUGGACCCAAGUUGCAGUACAGAAAACAAAUGCUGACGGAGCUGACCCCACCAAACCAAAAGGAACAGUAUUGUCUAUUGACAAGUUACAAAUUUUCCCCAUAGAGGGGGCAACUAUAAUGAAUAACAUGGAUUUUUCCACAAUUGAAGCUCAUGACAAAGUUGUUGCUACAUUAGAUGGCAGAAAAGUAGAUAUAGUUAUGUCAGAUAUGGCACCCAGUGCCACUGGUGUUAAAGAACUAGAUAAGGAUCGAAUCAUAGGACUCUGCUAUAUGGCUCUUAGAUUUGCUGCCCUAGUCACCAAGAUAGAUGGUAACCUACUCUUCAAAGUUUGGGAUGGCAAAGAAGUUCCAAUAUUAGAAAUGGAUUUGGCCAGAUUUUACAAAAAUAUAAAAAUAUUGAAGCCAAAUGCAAGCAGAACUGAUUCUUCUGAGAAAUUUAUUUUAGCUAGAGGUUUUAAGGGGAUUCAAAGGCCAUUAGAGAAUGGUAGGUGGGGUUGAUUACUUGUGACCUGUGUUUAUGUCAAAUCUAAAGUUGGUCACUUAGUUAUAUUUUUAAACAGUAUACUUUUCAGGGUGAUAAGCUAUAACUACAAUCUUGAUCAUUAUCAACUUUGGGUUGGCUGUAGACAUUUGUGCCAUGUGUAGUAUUCUUUGUAAAUACAUAUUAGUUUUUAAGAUUAACUUUUAUAAUUAUGUGAGUAAUUAGUCAAUUUAUGAAUAAUAUAUCAUUGUUAGACAGUCUAUAUAGACUUUUUAUAGAAUUUUGAAAUGUUAACAAUUUACUUUCAUAUGAGGAAAAAGCAUGUUUAAAUAAAAGACUAUUUCUGCAUCAGCA